AUGAGGUUAUUAUCCACGGGUGAUUCCACCCAGACGUGGGAAGGGUUGAUCCACGCGGACCACCCAAUACACGGCCAGCGGACCACUGUUAUACACGGCCACACUGUUUUGAUUCAACACCGAAUACACCAGAUUAGUUUUCUAAAGAAAGAAUACACGGCCAGCGGACAGCUCGAACGAGACGACGACGAACAGCUCGGAGGAGCGCCCGAACGUGUGGUCGCGAUUCCACACCUUGGGUGGAGAUGUUUCUCUCACGCGUGGAUUGACGUGGAUGGCGGCGUGAUCCAUUCUAAUACUCGCACAUCCAAAUGCGAUUUUCGGCAGUUCCUGCUGUUUUUAAGGAAAAAAAAUUUAAUGGAGGCAAAGUUGGCAUUCUCCAAGGACAGCCCACCAAUUUCGAUAAUUUGUGCAGCAAAGUUUGUGGGUCUACCCCUAACCAUCGACCCUAGCCUCGCUGCUGGCUCGGCACCCACCCUACGGUUUGCUUCUGGAGAAUCACUCCAUGGUGUCAACCCAAUCCUCCUCUACAUUGCCAGCAGUGCAUCAAUUUCCUGCUUCUCUGGGAAGAAUGAUAUUGAGUUUGGGCAUGUUGUUGAAUGGCUUGAAUAUGCCCCCACCUUCCUUUCAGGCUCUGAAUUUGAAAAUGCCUGCUCAUUUGUUGAUGGAUUCUUGGCCUCCCGGACCUUUCUGGUUGGUCAUGGCCUCACAAUUGCAGACGUUGUAGUUUGGUCAAAUCUUGCUGGAAUUGGUCAACGGUGGGAGAGUCUAAGGAAAUCAAAGAAAUACCAAAAUCUUGUCCGCUGGUUCAACAGCAUAGAUUCAGAAUACAGAGACACACUGUACGAAGUUGUGGCUGCAUAUGUUGGGAAACGAGGAAUUGGAAAAUCUCCUGCACCAAGCCUUAAGGAAAAGGUACAUGAUUCAAAGGACCCAUCAGCUCCAGAAGUUGAUCUCCCUGGUGCAAAAGUUGGGAAAGUCUGUGUUCGUUUUGCCCCAGAGCCUAGCGGUUACCUCCAUAUUGGGCAUGCAAAGGCUGGUCUAUUGAACAAAUACUUUGCUGAAAGAUAUCAAGGGCGCCUAAUAGUUCGAUUUGAUGACACAAACCCUUCAAAAGAAAGCAAUGAGUUUGUUGAGAACGUUUUGAAAGAUAUUGAGACGUUGGGGAUCAAAUAUGAUGUUGUCACAUACACAUCUGAUUAUUUCCCAAAGCUAAUGGAAAUGGCUGAAAGUUUGAUAAAGCAGGGUAAAGCAUAUGUUGAUGACACACCAAAGGACCAAAUGAGGAAAGAGAGGAUGGAUGGUAUUGAGUCAAGGUGCAGAAAUAAUACCGUGGAGGUAAAUCUGUCGUUAUGGAAAGAGAUGGUUAAUGGAACUGAAAGGGGCAUGCAGUGCUGUGUACGGGGUAAACUUGACAUGCAGGAUCCUAACAAGUCACUCAGGGAUCCCGUUUACUACCGCUGUAAUAUUGAUCCUCACCAUCGUGUUGGUUCAAAGUACAAGGUCUAUCCAACUUAUGACUUUGCUUGCCCAUAUGUUGAUGCAUUGGAGGGGGUGACGCAUGCUCUUCGUUCCAGUGAAUAUCAUGAUAGGAAUGCACAGUAUUACCGAAUUCUUCAAGACAUGGGGUUGAGGAGAGUAGAAAUUUAUGAAUUCAGCCGAUUGAAUAUGGUUUACACUCUUCUAAGCAAGCGGAAGCUUCUUUGGUUUGUACAAAACAACAAGGUUGAAGAUUGGACUGACCCACGUUUUCCCACUGUCCAAGGCAUAGUACGUCGUGGCUUGAAGAUUGAGGCAUUGAUACAAUUUAUACUCCAACAGGGUGCUUCAAAAAAUCUGAAUCUCAUGGAGUGGGAUAAACUCUGGACAAUCAACAAGAAGAUAAUCGAUCCAGUGUGCGCAAGACAUACUGCUGUGCUAAAAGACCAGCAUGUCAUCUUUACUCUUACAAAUGGUCCAGAGAAGCCAUUUGUUCGAAUUUUACCAAGGCAUAAGAAAUUUGAGGGUGCUGGAAAGAAGGCUACAACCUUCGCCAACAGGAUUUGGUUAGAUUAUGCUGAUGCAGCAGCCAUUAGCAAGGGUGAGGAAGUAACCCUUAUGGAUUGGGGGAAUGCUAUCGUUAAAGAGAUCAAGGUGGAGAGUGGAGUAAUUACUGAACUAGUUGGAGACCUACAUCUUGAGGGCUCUGUGAAGACAACAAAAUUGAAGAUCACAUGGCUAGCAGAUAUAGAGGAGCUAGUCCCCCUCUCAUUGGUUGAAUUUGAUUAUCUCAUCAGCAAGAAAAAGCUAGAGGAGGAAGAUGACUUCCUCGAGAAUCUCAACCCUUGCACCCGACGAGAGAACCCGGCCCUUGGAGAUGCAAACAUGAGGAACCUUAAGCGUGGAGAGAUCAUACAGCUCGAGAGGAAAGGCUACUAUAGGUGCGAUGCCCCUUUUAUCAGAUCAUCGAAACCGGUGGUUCUGUUUGUGAUCCCAGAUGGCCGGCAGCAGACCUCGGUUAACUAG